GAACCAUUUAGGGAAUAUAGGCGUCACCUGUGGCAAGCAGCAGUAAAGCUGUAAUGAGAGGUUUUCUGGUCUUAGCCUCUUUGAUCAUGUUUCAAGUCUUAUAAGCGUUUGAAAUGAACAGGAAGGAAGAUCAAAUUAGACCCACAAGCACAGGAAGAGAUGCUUUCUGGAUCUUCAGAAGGACCCGACUGAGAGAGAAGGGCUUGUUGGAAGCGACGACGUUCUCUUUUUCAAACCAGGGGAGGGCAUUCCAGUAACCUAAAGGAUACACUCACAAAACCCACAAGUUUCAGUUGGGCUUACGAAACCAUGAUUCUGGCAAGAUGACCGUAGAAGAGACCUUUGCUGGGAUUGUGGACACAGCUCCAAAAGCGAGAUCCAUCUAACGGUCUACCUUGGGGAGGCCACAAGAACUGGAGGCACAUUUGUGGAGAAGAACUGAUGCCGGAACCUCACCGCUGCUCCAUCAGGACCAUGGACAACGGCUAGUCCAGAAAUUAACAUGGACGGGAGAGCGUGACCUGAAGGGUGCCCUCAAAGGGAAAUCUGCCCUCCAUCUGUGGGCUGCAGUCAGGAAGGUGUUUGAGCCGAUGGUCUGAGGAAACCUCUGAUGGAUGAGCCGAUGGUUCAAAAGCACAUGGAGACUCUUCAGACCUGGUGUGGCAGUGCUAGUACAGACCUUGGGCCCUUGGACAGACUGACUGACCUUUUGCUGGUGGAAGGGCUGACCGAUCUCCAGCAGAAACAACACGAUUUUGUCCAGACCGAAACCACCAAGGGCUUGAGGAAUGUCUGCAAGAAGAUCCCCUUGGAGAAGCUCUUCUUGCCUCUCUCCAAAGUCAGCAUUCCUCCAAGGGUCUCGGUAACCAUGGGAGUCGCUGGCAUGGGCAAAAGCACUUUGGUAAAGCUAUUUGUCCAUUCUUGGGCCAAGGGAGAAAUCGGGAAGGAUUUUAUCUUUGUGUUGCCUCUCACCUUCCGGGAAUUAAACACGUACGACAAACUCUCUGCCGAGAGGCUGAUCCGGUUGGCAUCUCCCCAUUUGACUGAGCUGGACUUCCUCUCCAUGGGCACUGCCAGGACCCUCCUUAUUCUGGAUGGCCUGGAUGAAUUUAAGACCCCAUUGGAUUUCUCCGAGACGGUCACUUGCACAGACCCCCGCAAGGAGAUCCAAGUAGACAGCUUGAUCACCAACAUUAUCCGAGGCAACUUGCUCCAAGACAUUUCCAUCUGGAUCACGUCUCGACCUAUAGUGACCAGCCAGAUCCCGGGCGGUCUAGUCGAUCGGUUGACCGAGAUCCAGGGAUUCGGAGACGCGGAGAUCAAAAGCCUUUUAGAGCACAUGUUUGUCGAGAGCCCAGAUCUAUCCACUUGUGUGCUGGGUCAUCUCAAGACCAACAGAUCUUUGUACAUUCUGUGCACGGUGCCCGCAUUUUGCUGGGUCUGCGGCUCCGCCAUGGCCUACUUCCUGAAGAGCGCUGAUCAGUCCCCAGAGACACCAACGGUUCCCAAGACUCUGUCGGAAAUUUAUUCCUAUUUCUUUAAAAUGGCCUUGUGUAGUGACUGGCAGGGGAAGCAGAAGGAGACGCCCCGCAUUGAGCAGGUGGUCAACAACAGCAAGAAAGUCCUCACUUGUUUAGGUCGGCUGGCAUUUUACAGUCUGAUCAAGAGGAAAUACGUCUUUCACGAACAAGACAUGAAAGCGUACGCCGUUGACCUCUCUUCACUCCACACCAGCUUGUGCAAUAGGCUUUUGCUGAAGGAAGAGACCCAGUUUUCCUCCAUCUUCUAUUUCCCGCACUUAACGUUCCAGGAAUUUUUGGCGGCCACGUACUAUUAUACUUCAGCGAAACGGGCCCUUUUUGACCUCUUUGUGGAGAGUGGCAUGUCUUGGCCCAAACUGGGCUUCCUCAACCACUUUAGAAAUGCCAUCCAGAGGUCGCUGCAGUCUGAGGAUGGACACCUGGACCUCUUUGUGCGUUUCUUGGCUGGCCUCCUCUCCUCGCAGGUCAACAGAGUCCUGUCCGAUUGGUUCCUAGUAAGAGAUGAACAUCACGGCUACCGGAGCCAUGCGAUCAGCCUCCUCCAGAGCCUUCUGGGCAACGAGCAGGCCAUCUCCUGCCGGACCGUGAACCUCAUGCAGUGUCUACAUGAAAUCCAGCACACGGAGAUUGCCACCGGCGUAGAGGAAGCGAUGAGAAACGAGAACCUGGCCGGGAUGUUGACUCCAGUUAAUUGCUCGGCCUUGGCUUAUCUCCUGCAGACGUCGGAGGUGUGUGUGGAAGAAGCCAAUCUCUCCAACUGCCUCACCUUUCGCGCCUUCCAAAGCCUCCUCUCUCAGCUCCUCUACUGCAAUAAUCUCAGGCUGGACAACAACCAGUUCAAAGACAGCGCCAUGGACCUCCUGGGCAGCGUGCUGAGCGGCAAAGAUUGCCAGAUUCAAAAGAUCAGCUUGGCAGAAAACCAGAUUGGCAACAAAGGUGCAAAAGCACUCGCCAGGUCCUUGAUGGUCAACAGGAGCCUGAUGGCGCUGGAUCUUCGGAGUAACUCUAUAGGACCCCAAGGAGCAAAGGCCCUUGCUGACUCUCUGAAAAUCAACCAGCAUUUGCUGUCGCUGAACCUGCAGAACAAUGUGAUAAAGGAAGACGGUGCGAAAUUCCUGGCUGAGGCUCUUCUCAGCAAUCACUCCUUGAUGACUUUGCUCCUCCAGAAGAACUCGGUUGGCCCGCAAGGUUCAAAGAAGAUGGCAGAAGCCCUGAAGAAGAACUGGGGCCUCAAGGAGCUAAUACUCUCCAGUAAUUGUGUUGGGGAUGCAGGCUCCGCCGCCCUGGCAGAAGGCCUGAAGGCAAACCACACCCUUCUAACCCUCGACCUCCAGAGCAAUUCUAUCAGUGACGUGGGGGUCACUGCACUCACCCGAGCCCUCUGCUCCAACCGGGGCCUCACCAGCCUCAACCUGCGGGAGAACUCCAUUAGCAAGGAAGGAGCUCGGGAAAUCGCCAGCACCCUGCGAACGAACAACACGCUGAGAAACUUGGAUUUGGCCGCCAACCUGCUGCAUGAUGAAGGUGUCCAGGCCAUCGCCCUUGCGCUGAAGGAGAACAAGGCCCUCAGCUCCCUGCACUUGCAGUGGAACUUCGUUCAGUCCAAAGCGGCCAAGGCCCUGAGCCAAGCACUACAAUUCAACGAGAGCCUCACCCUCUUGGAUUUGCAGGAGAACGCGAUUGGAGACGAAGGAGCCAGCGCCCUCGCUUCGGCUCUGCAGGCGAACACGACACUCACGGAUCUCUACCUCCAAGUGGCGCUGAUUGGCGAGAGUGGUGCUAGAGCACUGGGAGAAGCCUUGGCCACCAACACAAGCCUCGCAACUCUGGACUUGAGAGGAAACGCCAUCGGUCUGGCCGGAGCCAAGGCCAUGGCCAAUGCCUUGAAAGUUAACUGCGCCCUCCGCCGGCUGAACCUCCAGGAGAAUGCCCUGGGCAUGGAUGGAGCCAUCUGCAUUGCCACUGCUCUGACCAAAAGCCAUCGCCUCACCUACAUCAAUUUACAGGGAAAUCGAAUCGGCGAGUCGGGAGCCAAGGUGAUCGCCGAUGCCAUCCGCACAAAUGCCCCCAGCUGCAUCGUAAAGACAUGACGGGGAUUGUGCUGGAGGAAGCUGGAGAGUCCAGACUUCUCACGUGACAGGCAGGCAGAGGUGGGGAUGAGGUCUGAGUUGAAGGCAGCUGCGUAAGGGAACAGCCACCCCCACACCCCUGGGGCUGGGCCUUCUUUUCAUCCUGAACAUCUGUUCCUG